UAGGUAUCGUAUUUUCCUGUUUGUGUUUUCAAUGUGAACUGUGACUUACUGUCUCUCUCGUUUCAUACGACUUUUACCUUCAAAUCGUCAAGCAGUCAAAUGUAAACCACACUGAUUAGUUGAAGUUUUUUGUUGUUGAAAAUGUCGGAGGUUGCGUCCGUUGUCCAUGAAGGAGAGAAAAACACAAAGAGAAAAAGAGUGGUCAUCUUUGGAAUUGAUGCCAACACGAUUCCCUAUAUGAGAGUUUCUUUACGAAAUUCUUUAAUAGCAUUGUUUUCGUCAUCAAUGGGAUAUUUUCUUUUUACAAGUAACUUGCGAAAAGGAGUAUUAGUUGGAAGCAUUUCAUUUGUGGGCACUUACUUUGGAACGUCAUUAUAUUUGGGUUACAGAGAUUACGACCGUUACAGGAAAUAUGUUCAAAAAAUAAAAAAUAAUGAAGUGUUAUAUACAGAAGGAUCAAUUCAGCUGGAUGAUUCAGACUAACUUUGACAUGUAAUUCUAUUUUAAAACCUUGUUUUUUGAUGAUGACUAUGGAUAAAGUGAUUUGAAAGUUUGGAUGCAGACAACUAUAAGGUGUGAUGGAUUUACUAUCAUACCAAGUGCACUGGAUUAUAAUUUAUAUACAGUGAGUUAAGACAGUUUAUGUACCGGUAUGCAUGUAUAUUCAUUGUACAUGUACAUUGUGUGUGAAGAAAAAUAAACUUCUUGUAUUAAGAAAACUUAGCUAUUUUUUUUCCCCCAUUACACCUGAGUAAAGUUAAUUUUAAAUACAUGUAAUGUUUUAAAUUCAUUUAAAAAACUUUUUUAUUGUAUAAAACCCUAAUGUAUUUCUGAAAUAGUUUCAUCAAUAAGAUUAUAAUAAUUUUCAGUAACAUAUGGUACCAAAGAAAUUUAUAUAUUUAUUGGUAAGUCUUCUAUAGCAUACUGAAAUGGUAUGAACCAGUUUUAUUCACUGGAUAUCUACCUGUAAUCAAAAGCAAUUUGUCUGAACUUCAUAUAAAAUUUAUUAAAUGUAAAACAUCUACACAUACAGCUCAGCCAUAUUAAAAUGCAUUUUAUUUGAAUCGGUUAUCGAAAAACUCAGCAAGAGGACAAAUAUAUUGCAUAAUAAAUACAAAAUGAGUUGUUGACAAAAAUAAAUGUCUCCAUCACAUUAGAUUAUGGUGGUGUGCACUAUUCAAAAAACUAAUUACAAUAACAAAGCUUAAGCCCUCUGUAUCAGGCUAAGUAAAAAAAACUAUUGUGCAUAAGUUGAAGGAUUCUGUCAAAAUAUUUCUCAUUAAGAUUUCCCAGAAAGUAUACAAAUAGAUGCUUGAUGGUGUGAACCAUAA